CCCCUCUGUGCCUUGUCCAUACAGGCAUUAUGGUGUUUAGCUUAGCCGCUUAGCUCCAGUCUAGCCGGCCCUGCAUCACAGCUGAUGGGGCUUUAGGCUGCAGAGGAGCCGGAUGGUGGCGGAGCGUCAAAGCGGCCGGGAAAACAAACUUUCAGCCUCGUUUAAGCUCCUCUAACCCUCUGCUCACGUUUCAACAGGGAUCGAGUGGAUUUUCUGAAGCAUGGAGGACGACUUGGUGUGCGAGUACGACUCCACCUGGGACACGGAGAGCGAUGGAGACGAGCUGGGGGAGAACCCGGCGCGGCGCUGCAGCCAGGACAAAAAUAAAAGAUCCAGGACUGCUUUCUGGUCCAAUUCUUCUUCCAGAAAUCUUCGUGCAGCGAAGGACAUGCAGAACUACAGACACGGCUAUCCAAAUAUCAUUGAUGAGGAAACCUCGGAGGACAGGAUGCCCAACUUGAAAUUUUAUUUAAAUGAAAUAAAAUCUUCUCCUGAUGAUGUGUCAAUUGAAACGUUUCACAAUGAGUGGAGAACGGACUACAAGAGGCUGGAAAGGGUUCACUCUUACAUUCAGUGGUUGUUUCCUUUGCGGGAGCCGGGAGUGAAUUACAUGGCUACAGAGCUCACCAAGAAAGAAAUCCAGGCGUUCAGGGAGAACGAGGAGGCUAAAAGGCGUCUUGUGGAUUCCUACGAGCUCAUGUUGGGUUUCUACGGCAUCCAGCUGCUGAGCCGGGAAACCGGCGAGGUCAAACGAGCUGAGAACUGGAGGGAGCGCUUCGCCAAUCUGGAGCGGAACAUGCACAAUAACUUGCGGAUCACCCGUAUCCUGAAGAGCCUGGGGGAGCUUGGCUUUGAGCACUAUCAGGCUCCUCUUGUGCGUUUCUUUCUGGAGGAGACACUCGUGAGGAAGAACCUGAGCAGCGUGAAGCGCAGCGUGCUGGACUACUUUGUGUUCGCCGUGCGAGACAAGCGGGAGCGCCGGAAGCUAAUCCGCUACGCCUUCCAGCACUUCGAGCCCAAAGACAAAUUUGUGUGGUGCCCCAGGAAAAUCCAGAAACGCUUCAAGAAAAAGGCGGAGAAGAGACAAGACUCAGCAGUGGGCAACGGACAGGCGGCCACGAGUGAGGAGGUUCGACCCCAGAGCAAAAUUAAGGAUGGAGAGAGAGAUGGGAAGAUCAUUGAGAUCCAGAAACAAAGUGAUGAUGACCCCAUGAGCAUUGACUUUGAAAAGCAAUUAGAAGGUUCCACGGCUGACCUGGAACUAAUCCACGAUGGUCCUUCACUAGACCCUUUGCCUCUCAACAACGGCAACAGUGUUGACAACGGUGAAAUGGACCACUCUUGCAGCGUUGAACCCAAUGCUGCUAAAAUCCAGGAUGCAAAUGAGGAGGAACGCAUGAAGGACAGUCAAACAGCGGCAGCUAAAGCACCUGAGAACAUUCUGCUUGAUUCGGAUCAGGACAGCACCAAGGUCACGGAUGAAAAUGUCGUGGUAGAAACCAACAACUGUUCUCCAGAACAUUCCAGCUUCCAGGAGGAGUCUGAGAACGUGAUGCUUACUGCAGAUUCCCGGCCCAGAGAGACUGAAGGAAGCCCCACAGUAACAUGUUCGGGAAAACCGGUGGUAGAAAGUCCAAAACAUGCCUUGGUGUCCGCACCUUUAGGCGAACGCGCAGAAAAGCUUCCUAGGACUGACGCAUUAGGCAUGUCUGACCACACAGAGGCUUCAACGACCGUUUGCUCGCUAGAUAACCAAGGAAACGUUGGCACAAACAAUGUCAACAGGCAAAAGAAUGGGACGGAGAAGGUGGAGCCAAUGGACACCGACCCCAGCGUAGGUUGCCGAGGUGAUUCUUAAAUGAGUCAAAGAAAAGAGGAUGAAUUAGUUUGGAUAGAUAGGAAAAAUUAAUUCUGCAAGUCAACACAAAACACUUCAUACCGUAAAUAAGUGUGGGUGGGGAAUAUAAACUAUUAAUCUUAAUCAUUGAUGAGAUAUGGACAAACAAAUAAAUGAAAUUUAUUCUUCAAGGAA